UGCCCAUGCUGAAACGGGCUUUUGGCAUUAGAGUCCUCUGUCUAUGGGUUUACUUGCUUUUGUGAUAAGCGGGAGGGGGAGGGAUUUACCGCGUACAAAGGCCUGUGUGCCGCUCUAAAAUUUCCGUCUGGAAACCACCUCCUUCCAUGUAAUCGCUGGCUGUCAUUCGUCCAAGCAGAGCCAGCCGGUGCGAUCGUGGCACAGGCGGAGUGGAGCAAGCGACUUCUGUAUGUAAAUUAACAUUUCAAACGCGAUAUUGUCACCUGAGUAUUGUAGCAAACACUCCGCAACUGAUGUCUCCAUUUUUACGAGGAAACUGAUGCUAGCGAGAAAUAAUCGUUGGUUUUGCUAUCGUUUUAUAUCGUGCUGUUUCUUACUACGAGAGUGCCUCACCACCGCCACCUCUUGACCAUGCUGAGUGUGUGUACAGUCGUCCUGGUGGUUGCUGCUGCAGCCCUCUCCUCUGCAGACUCCGAUACGCACAGACACGACUCCAACCUGGAGAUCUACAAGCGUCUGUUCGAGACCAAGAGGAAAGACCAGCUAAAUGCUCUGAAGAACCUGGUGGAGCUCAAUGACAUCAACCAGCAGUAUAAGAUCAUAGACAUCAUGCUGAAGGGCUUGUUUAAGGUGUUGGAGGACUCGAAGGCUGUCCUAAUUGCAGCCAACAUGCAGGCUGAUGAUCCCUUCCCCAUGGAUGACAAAAUCAAAGAAGCCUACUCCCAUGUGGUGGAGAACACAGCGUUCUUUGGGGACGUUGCGUUGCGUUUCCCACGUAUUGUCCACCACUACUACGACCGUAACCCAGACUGGGGCGGCCUUCUGCGAUGGGGGCUACGCUUCUGUAACCUGACUGGGGUGUUCACCGGGGGGGCACACCAGCAUGUUCUCUCACUGAUGUCGCAGGAGUUGGGAAUAAUAGAGAAAUCCCCAGACUUCACCAACCCAUACCGCACUGAGAGAGACGACGUGCUUCACACUGCAGAGGCUUUUCAGAAGAUCCUGAGGGAGGAGGAGAAGAGGAGGAGGAAAGAGGACAAGAGGAAAGAGAUUAGGAAGGGGCCCCGCAUCUCCCGUUCCCGUACUGAGCUAUAGUACUUUACCUCAACUCUUGGAGAGAAAUGAUGAGGAGAAGGAAAAUGUAGGGGGAUGUCCUGAGUCCUAGAUUCAGUGAUGAAGAGGUUGGGUGUUGGAACCGGUGAGUUCUGUCAAAGGGAUACAGUGGCAGCAGAAAAUUUGAGAGGGAACUAGAAGUGUUUAUGUGGCACAGGAAUAAACUGGAAAGAAGGAAAGGAGGUUGAGCUCUAUCUGUGGAAUCCGACUUACUGUAUACAGAACUGUGCCCAACCUGCAGUUAUUAUGAAACAAAGGAAAUACAGCUACCACAUAUUUAAGAAGAUUUAAUAAGGAAAGAUAAUUUUCAUAAAUAGAUUACAUAACUGUACUUUGGAAGAAACAGCAAAUACCCAGUAUGUUAUCUUUUUUUGUGAAUAGAUUGAAUACAAUUUACUACCAUGGCAUUUGUACGUAUGAGUUUACAUUCCCAUUCAACAAGCUUCAAAAUAUAAAGCUUGAAUAUGUUGAAUUCUGUUUUGUGUUUAAGUUUUCCUGUCGCCUUCUCCAAAGUUAGCCUAUUUAUAUAAUGAGAUUUUAUGAGUUUGUUGAAUGGUCCUACUCUAGGUGUAUCCUCUUGAUUUGCGGUACAAGUGUUGAUUGCAGAACCAUUUUUCAUGAUGUCUGCCACUUGCUUUCCUAGAGCUGAAUGCUUUCUUAGCUCUGUCUGUGUGUGACUGUCCGCAUGAGUGUUAAAUGAGGUUUGGUCACUUAUGACUUUAAAUAAAACUAUUUGACAUUAUUUUGUCUACAAUUAGGGAGGGAUAAUGUCUUAGCUGUGUCUUUUGACAACCACUCAUCAGCUUAAACUUCUAUAUGUCACAUUUGUUUCUGUCCAUCUGAUGGACAUAAUGAAAUGUCAGAACAGCGGUCCCCUAGAACAAUGCCUUUUAAAAAACAUCUAUUUUGGCAUAUCUAGGGAAGAUCUCAAUUCCAUUCUUCUCCUGUCCUGUCCUCAAAAUCCAUUCAACCAGAAAUCUCUCCUCUCUGACCACCUAUGGGUUUUGAGAAAGCCAGAGGAUGUGAGGAGUAUGCAAUUGAGAUAUUCCCCUAAUGUUUUGUUGCCUCUGACAUUUUGAGGGAAAUUGUCUCAUUUUAAUGCAAAUAAGUUAUAUUCAAUAUACAGAGAUGACUGAUUGUUUUGUUAAUGUGACUAUUUAUGUAUGUUCAGAGCAGUGCGGGCUGGUGGGAGGAGCUAAAGGAGGAUGGGCUCAUUUUAAUGGGUGGAGUAAAUGGAACGGAGUUAACAUAGGUUUGUGUUUAAUUCCAGCCAUUUUAAUAAGAAUACCCUCCUAUAGCUCAUCCCACCAGCCUCCUCUGGUUCAGAUUAAGCGUCUCAUUGCUGAGAAUUUACUCUCGUGAGUAGAUGUACCAUACAUUUGUUAAGUUUAAUCAAAUUAAAUUACUAUGAAUCAUA